AUGGUCAAUUCCAAUACUAAGAAUCUUGCACCGUCAUGGUCCAGCAUCACGACAGAUUUGCUACGAGCCGAAUUGGCAAGACGAGAUGAAGAUGUUACGAAACCUCAGUGCGGAUCUGGAGUCAAGGGAAGCUAUAACACCUCGGCACAUGUAGGUGCGCUGGUAUUGAUCCUCGUUCUCAGUACAGUUGCCUGCGGAUUCCCUCUGGUAUCUCGAAGAUCUUCGAAGAGUGCCGGGCCUGGCAGAUUUAUAUUUAUAUCCCAGCAUUUUGGAACAGGUGUGCUCAUAGCUACGGCCUUCGUCCACCUCCUCCCGACCGCCUUCACAUCCCUCUCAGAUCCAUGUCUGCCACACUUCUUCAGCAAGGGCUACAGGCCUCUGGCUGGAUUGAUUGCUAUGAUCUCCGCGCUGAUCGUGGUUGGGUUGGAGAUGUUUUUGACCGUAAGAGGGGCUCGACAUUCGCACUCGCAUGAAUGGAAUGUUGUACCGGAUGCAGAGGAAGAACACAACCAUAAUACAAAUGGAACGACCCAACCAAAACGAGAGAAGUUGAACGGAAGAUUAGGAAAAUUGGGGUUGAAUCAUCGACCAAAGGAUAUUGCGUUGGAAGAUAUGGAUGCGACUGAAGGACUAGUUGCGGGCGUUUCCCCUCUCCCAGUCGCAACACCAUCUCCCAGACACGAAACAAAAGCCAACAGAUACGAUGAUGCGAACGGUGACAACUCCGACUCUGAUCUGGACCUCGAUGAACUCGACCCAACUGCCCAAGCAUUCAAUCCCCCGUCCGACGAUGCCGAAGCUCCCCAACCGAACAAUGUCCUUUCCCCCGACGACGAACGCAAACGUCAGAUCCUACAAUGCCUUCUCCUCGAAGCCGGUAUCCUCUUCCACAGCAUAUUUAUCGGUAUGGCUGUAUCCGUCGCUACUGGGCCCCCCUUUGUCGUCUUCCUCAUCGCCAUCGCAUUCCAUCAAUCCUUCGAAGGACUCGCUCUCGGAUCCCGCAUCGCAGCCAUAAAUUUCCCUACGCGUUCUCCCAGACCAUGGCUUAUGGUCCUCGCAUACGGCACAACGACGCCAAUCGGGCAGGCGAUUGGUCUCAUCGUGCAUAAUCUGUACGAUCCGCAAAGCGCGGCAGGAUUGCUGAUGGUGGGAUUCAUGAAUGCGAUUUCAAGUGGGCUAUUGUUGUUUGCCGGAUUAGUUCAAUUGCUUGCAGAAGACUUUUUAAGUGAUAAGAGUUAUGGGAUUUUAAAGGGCCGGAGGAGAUGGGAAGCUUUUGCAGCUGUGAUUGGUGGCGCGACUCUAAUGGCUUUGGUGGGGGCUUGGGCAUAA